CGCAAGGCUAUGGAACUUAUUGGGCUUGGGGCUGGAUCUUGAGGUUGACGCGAAGCGCGUCUGCUAGCGUGCCAUCAAUGCUAAAGUGGUUUCGCUACCACGUGAUACAUGCCGCAUGAAACACCAGCAAAGCAAAGCUUUUUUGUCGAUGAAGCUAGCUUUUGCUUGUGUCUUGCGAGUUUAACUUUAUCUAUAUAUCAUUUGACGAUUUGCACGGUGCAAGGUCUCGAGAGCGCGGCCGACGAUAUUCUACCACGUCGUGCUUUGCAGUAUUGGCUUCGAAAGAUCAUUACAACCCUCACCCAAAAUCGGAAAUUCGCACUUGAUUAUGUCAGACCGAGCUAAGCUCAACAACUCUACCACACAUUUUUUAUUCCCGUGCAACUUCAAAAACUUACCUGCCUCAGAGAGACGAUGGUUCGUCUCUGUAUCUCCCUGUCCUCCCUAGACAUCAAGAGCCUGCAGAUAUCCGAUGUGCGGAUCGGUUGCGAAGUUACUAUGGGGGUGGCCGCGUCAGCGACGACAUACGUAGUGAGCUAUGGCUCACAACCUCACGAUCCGCAAUCCUGGUCCACCACAUUUCACACAGAAAACAAUGAGACUAAACAGACCGUGUUUACCGCCUGGUCUCUAGUUUCUAUCUUAUCUAUGUUCUAGUUUUCCAUUUUGUCUCUUUCAUUUCUCCCUAUUUCCUUAAUUCGAUCUAAGACACUCCCGGAACCAAGAGUUCUAUUUUAUGGUACGACCGACUCAUGUCACCACUAUACCUAUUUUCCCAACAUCAAGUAGCUGUGCUAUGAUUCUUCUUCUUCUUAAUUGUUUCAAUACGAUAUACACCUUUGCUUCUUAUACCCUGUUCUAACGAACAAUCUCGCCGUCGUUUGUAGCCUCCUUUGGCUCUCGUGGAAUUUGUUGUCUUGCCACAACUUAUCAUAACACUACACCACAUUCAAAGUCGGAUACUAAGCGCUACUCAGUCUUGAACCCGUGGGCCCAUCGACAAAGGCACAUUGCCGUCUGGGAAACCCUUUCAACGGGCCUGCUAAACUCUGGCCCAACUCCGCCACGCUGCCUCGUUGGCAGUGCACAAGUCAUUCUAGCACCAGCUAGCGCAAGUCUGCCAAGUUUAUACUUCUAAUAUACAUAUACCGCCUGUUCCUCUCCUAGUCUGGACGUUGUUACUUCAGUCAUUCUUUGGAUUUUUGCAUUAUGAAGUGCACAUUCGCUUUGGGGCUCACAGCUGCAUUCCUGUCUCCCUUGAUCGAUGCCGCCGCCUUACAAAAUAAAAAUGAUAGGCCGCCAAGAGCUGUCGGCUUGCCUAUCAAGAGGGAACCCGCUGUAGAUCCGAUAGAGGCGGAUAGAACUCGAAUGCGUAAAAGAAAUACGUUAGAGACAACACUAGAUAAUCUGCAAUCGUUAUAUUUUGCCAACAUCACACUCGGAACACCUGCUCAACACCUUCGGGUUCAUAUCGACACUGGGAGCAGUGAUCUAUGGGUAAAUUCUGCGGGCUCAAAGAUAUGUACCGGCACGGAUACAGUUCCUGGCGAGUGUGAAGAAUCAGGCACCUAUUCGGCAAACUCGUCUUCUACAUAUAAAUAUGUCAGGAGCAACUUCAACAUUACUUAUAUGGAUGGAUCGGGAGCAGCAGGCGACUAUGUAUCAGACAUGAUGAUGAUAGCCAACGCCGAAAUAAAAGACUUGCAGUUCGGCGUUGGUUACCAGAGCACUUCGGCUGAGGCUGUUCUAGGCCUUGGCUACGUGUCCAACGAGGUUCAAGUUGCCAAUCUUGGCCUGAAGGCGUAUAACAACGUCCCCGCAGCUCUAGCUGCUCAAGGCACUAUAUCAUCGAAUGCCUACAGCCUCUGGCUCAACGACCUCGAUUCUCAUUCCGGCAACGUCCUAUUUGGUGGCGUUGACACCGAGCGCUUCACUGGUACCCUCGAGACACUCCCGGUUCAGAAAACCAGCGCUGGCUACAGGGACUUCCUCAUUACUCUAACAAGCCUCUCAAUGGGAGGUAAGACCCUUAUUGAGAAGCAGGCCCAAGCCGUCCUCCUCGACAGCGGCUCCUCUCUCACCUACCUGCCGAACGCCAUGACGAACGCCAUCUACGAGGCCAUCGGCGCACAGUACGACUCAACACAAGGUGCAGCCUUCGUCCCCUGCUCGAUGAGGUCCAUCAACGAGACUCUUGACUUCACAUUCACCUCCCCCACCAUAUCCGUCCCCCUAGACGAACUCGUUCUGGAUAUCCCAAAAGCAAACAACCAAACGGCGGUACUCCCAAGUGGUGAGCCAGCUUGCCUCUUCGGCAUUGCGCCCUCCGGCGUCACCGUGCCCGUCUUGGGUGACACGUUCCUCCGGAGCGCAUACGUCGUGUAUGACUUGGGGAACAAUGAGAUCUCAUUAGCGCAGACGAAGCUCAAUGCGACUAAGAGCAAUAUCGUUGAGCUGAGUGCUGGGAAAGAUGCCGCGGGUAUCGCGACUGCUGUUGCGAACCCAGUGGCUGCCACGGCUGGCGUGGGGAAGAGUGGUCAGGACAAGAGUAGUGAUGCGAGCGCCGCGAGUAAGAGUAUGAGAGUUUCGCUGGCGACUGCUGGGCUCUGUGGGGUUGCAACCGUGUUCACCGGACUCAUGUAGAAGGGGGGUACUAGAUGGAUAUUAGCGAUUGGAAUUGUGGGCGUAUUGUUUUAAGAGGAGUAUUGUAUUUGCGGCGCAUCUGUCAUUGGUGGAAUGGAGUGAUUUAGUGGUAUAAAACUAUCGUUGCCAUCGAUGGGUCCGUGUUUGAUUCACGGCUGAUGCAUUCAUAUAUCCAACAACUCUAGUAACAAGGGGUUAUGUGUGUUUUGUCUCGUCUCUAUUUUGAAAUACAACACCUACAACUAUUUUCUCAAAUUGACAAAUUGCUCACAACUUUUCCCCCUAGACCCUCAGGGCUCUACUUCCAGUCAAUUACGCAUUAUAACUCCCAUCUCCAUCCAUUCCUGCUCCUUUCGAGCAUCCCUAGGUGGUGAUGGAGGCCUCAACUACCUAACGGCCGGAUCUAGGCCCCUAAGACGUGUAAGGAUGCCUGUCCCUCAGUGACGGAAAGGAUCUGAGUCGGACAGGUUACGGUCACAUGAUACGAGUUAAGGCAGGUUAGUGUUGAGGCAAAGAGAAUGGGAGCUUUUCCCCAGUGCAAUCGUCAGGCUCCCCGAUUGGCGCUUGGCGUGAGCAGAUUGCCUCGGAACUCCGGCGCAUUGGGUUUCAGGCCCAAACCCUUCUGUUACUCGGGGCAUUUGGGUAGGCCCUCCGAAAAGACAUAAAUAAUACGUAGGCUCCGUAGGUAG